UCUUCUUGUUCUUCCCCCUGUAAAUUAAUAAGAUAGAGAGAGAGAGAGAGGGGCGAAGAGAGAGAAACUUUUUAAGGGCAUGGUACGACAUAUUAACCAUCUCUUAUCUUGCCUACCACUUGCAGUUGCAUAGCAGUUAAUUGCUACAAAAUAACUCUUUUAUCAGCGAUUUUUUGGUAUAAAGAGGGCAGCGGGACGCCCAAGCUAGCUAGCUAGCUAUAUAGGAAAGGAGAGUGAGUAUAGUGGUGCUUCAUGAGCUUUAAUUAGAGUUAGAGUUAGUUUUAAUCAGUUUAUGGCAAUUGCAGCAACAACAACCUCAUCAUCAUCAACUAUGAGCGUUAACGACGAAUCCAACAAGGUCGAUCAUGAUCAUGAUGAUCAUAAAGAUGGUGAUGAUGAUGAUGAUGAGCAUGAGCACGACAUGGUGAUGCCGGGCUUUCGCUUCCACCCUACUGAGGAAGAACUUGUAGAGUUCUACCUUCGCCGUAAGGUUGAGGGCAAGCGCUUCAACGUUGAGCUCAUUACUUUUCUUGAUCUUUAUCGCUACGACCCUUGGGAGCUUCCAGCCAUGGCAGCAAUUGGAGAAAAGGAAUGGUUCUUUUAUGUGCCAAGAGACCGCAAGUACCGCAACGGGGAUAGGCCUAACCGGGUGACUACUUCUGGGUACUGGAAGGCCACCGGAGCCGACCGCAUGAUCAGAAGCGAGAACUUACGCUCAAUUGGGCUCAAGAAAACCCUAGUCUUUUACUCUGGGAAAGCUCCCAAAGGCAUCCGAACUAGCUGGAUCAUGAACGAGUAUCGCUUGCCGCAUCAUGAAACCGAACGAUAUCAAAAGGGAGAAAUAUCUCUAUGUCGAGUGUACAAGAGAGCUGGAGUUGAAGACCACCCAUCGCUCCCUCGUUCCCUCCCGGCUUCCAGAGCAUCCACAUCGAGAUCAUCAGUACUUGUGGCUCCAUCCACGACCAUAUCAUCAGACAACAAAAAGCAGCACAAUACUAGUACUAAUAUUAAUAACAGUAAUAUUAACACAGUUCAUAGUAUCAUGGAGAAACUCCAAGCUUUUAAUGAAGGCCAAGCACAGCAAUUUCAUCAAGAUCAUGAGCAUCAGGUGGAUCAAAAGAUGAGCGUCGAGCCUGAAGGAAGCAGCGGAAAUUCAGAUGUCACAACAGUCCUUGGGCUUUCCAAGCAUAACGCCUACCACCACCACAACAACAUUGGACAAGCUCAUCAUCAUCCACUUGAUCAGGAAGAAGGGAUGGCGGCCUUCUUGCACCACUCAAACUCAAAGCAAGCAGCGGCUAAUUGCUUUUCACUGAUCCCCAGUAGUACUAAUUCAUCUGCAAUGCUCUUCACCGCGGGUUCUUCUUCUGUUUCGUCCUCCAACAUGAAUGCAAUUGAUGAUCUUCAUAGACUUUUGACCUACCAACAUGUACAGCAGCAGGCUGCUGCAUCUUCCAGUCAUCACCAACAACAACAUGUACAUCAUCAUGUGGUACAAUACUAUGAUGAUGCUCAUCAUAAUCCCCAACCCAACAGCAUUUUCUCCACUUUCCCUGCAGCAGCACCACAUGUACAAUCAGCUAUACCGCCGCCGCAGCAGCUGGCCUCCAACGCACUUCCAACCGCUUUCUCUGACCGCCUAUGGGACUGGAAUCCAAUCUCAGAGACAAACCGGCCGGACUACAACAAUCCAUUCAAGUAAUCAAUCAAUUAAUUACAUAUAUAGAUAAAUAUAGCUAUUAAUUCCACCAAUGCACUACUUAAUUAAUUAGUUAUAUAUGCUCGCUACUUCUAAACUCUAAUAAAUGAUUUGUCUAGCUAGCUGGUUUGUCGUUAAUAAUCCAGUACUUUAA